CUUACGUUCGCGUGGUCCUGAAGUAAGUAAAGAAUUGUAAGCGUGCGACGAUACGAAAUCUGAUAAGUGAUAAUAUUAUAUAAUAGUAUAAAUAGUAUAAAUAAGCAAUUAUCAGUGUAUAAUUAUGUACAACUGGUGAACCUACGCUCGCGAUUGAGUUUUUUCUCCUUCAUUUUCUUCUUAGGUUAUACUUGCCAGCUGCAAUUCCCCGCCGGUGUAUAACUAUAUACCUGUGCAAUGUGCAUAGCAUAAUAAUAUAUAGUUACCAUACAUAUUAUUAUAAUAUAUAAGCUCUGCUAAAGUACUAUUAGGUAUAUUCAGUAACGUAUUCUGUGCAGUACCUAUAUAUUCUAUACCGAUCGCACGUCUGGUACGCAGUAUAGGUAAAAAUAAAAAAAAAAUACCGUACAGUCAUAAAAGCGACGGUAUGCCUAAAUUAAUACAUUCUGAAGUCGUUGAUUCGUGUGUAGACAGUUUCAUGUUGUGAUCAUUUUGUCGCACGGUUUAUACCUUUGCUUAAUAUUGUGCGGUGUAAAAUAUAUAAAAUAUAUAUAUAUUUUUUUUUUUUUUUUUUUAUCUAACGAUGCGCGUUUAAUCGAAAAGUUACGAUUAAAACAUCGUCGUUAACCCAUAUGCAUACGCUAACAGUGAAUAGUCUCGAAAUAGAUCGUCCACACUAAACUAGUCUGUUUAGGCAACGAUACCCAGCUACAUAGGUAUCUAUUAUCUACAAUUUAUUAAUCAUAUUUUAAUUUUUCCGUCCUGUAUAAUAUUAUUUAAAUAAAUAAGUAAAUAUACAAGUAGACGAAAGUUUAUUAUUAUUUAAUAUGUUUUUUUUUUAAAUUAUGAUAAUUAAAAAUUGGAUUUACAAAAUUAUAAUUACAAGCGUCGCGUAAUAUUACAAUGGAGUUGGCCGAAAAGCGGACGGAACAGCAGGCGCGAGAUUCAGAAAAGGACUUAGACGCUCUUCAAAAACGUAAGUAUAAAAAUCAUAUUAUUAUUCACAAACACAUUGCUCCGAACAGUGUAACUAUAUUUUUAAACAGCGAUAAUGUAAAUUAACUAAGUUAGUUAUUUUUUUUUUUAUAACUUUUAACUUGACUAGGUAAAAUAUAUAUUAUAUAGCUAUACAAAAAUUAAUUUACAAAACAUUUUACUACAUUACGCUCAACCUUUUUUUGAUUUUCACAACAAAUACAGUACCUAUGAUGAAUCUCGUAUUCAAUUUUUAAACCUCUUGGCCUGGAUAAAUAGUAAGCGAAAUAAAUCUAAUAACUAUAAAUAGCUUAAAAAUAUUUAAAAAGCUUUGAAAAUUUUACCACGUCUAGAAAAAGCCAUAAUAAAAGUAUUCCUCGAAGUUUAAGUUCUCUACAUUUAUUUUUAACAGAAUUACAACUACAAAUAAAAAAACAGACAAAAUCAAAAAUAACAAAACCUUUACUUCCGUAAAUUUUCCAUUUUGUGCCGGUUUUAUCGAAAACUAUUUAGAAAUACCCCGAAACACUAAAAAAAAAACUUUUUCGUCGUUUUUCGAUUGGAGUCAGAUUUCUGGUAGAAAAGCUGUAAACAGACAGAUUGAAAAAAAAAACUCAUCGCAGUAAACCGCUCAGAAUCCAACACAUAUAAUUAAAACCUUUUUCCCCUUGUUCCCAAUGGUAAAAAACCGUUUUCACGUCAUCGUUACCACUUAUUAUAAUUUCUAAUCCUGUGUUUAAAUCAUAUUUUCAUUCACCUGUCCGAUGUACAUGGUUUAUAUCAGUUGCUCCAGUAAUCGGCUUCCGGCACCUACAGAGUCUGUUAUUGUUUCUGUGCGUGGUCUGCGGCUUCUUGCUCAGGGUCAACCUGUCCGUGACCAUAGUGGCCAUGAAUCCCGUGAUGAACUCUACGGAUUACUACAAAGAAAUAUCGCAGCAUAUACCGAUAUUCGGUUGGCCCACCAAGAUGCGGUCCGUGUUGCUCAGCUCGUUUUUCGUCGGCUAUAUGCUGUCGAAUUUCCCGGCAUCCGUGCUUGGGUGUCGGUUCGACAAAAAGAUCCUGCUGGUGUACAGCAUUUCCGUGUCGUCGCUGUUGGCCAUCGCCAGCCCGCUGGCGGUGCUCACGUUCGGCGCCCCGGUGCUAAUCGGCAUCCGGUUCGCGCAGGGCCUGUCCUCGGCGUUCAUGUUCCCGAUGAUCCACGGCAUAAUGGCCAAGUGGACGCCGCCGCACGAACGCAGUCGGCUGGUCGGGUUCGUCGUCAGCGGCAUACAACUGGGCACCAUGAUUGCCCUUGCCAUUUCCGGCAUCCUGUCCAGCAGCUCCAUGGGUUGGCCGAUCGUCUACUACAUGAGCGGCGCCGCCGGAUUGACGUGGGCGGUCUUGUGGCUGCUGUUGGGCGCUGAAUCGCUGUCCAAACACCGGUUCGUCGGUCAAGCCGAGGCGGAUUACAUUCGGGCGUCGCUCUCCAACACCGUCGGCCACAAAAUAGAAGUAAUAUUCUAAUAAUAACAAUUAUUAUUUAAAUAUUGCUAAAACUCGGUUAACUGCGCGUACGUGAAAAUAUUGCAGGAAGGAAGGAAAAUUGUAUUAUAAAUUUAAAUUUUCGACGGUGCAAUUGCAUAAUAUAAAAACGUUCAAUGUUACCUGGAUAGGUACUUAUAAUUGUUCCUACCGAACACGAGUUUAAACGCAUAGUUGAGUGAAUUAUGCUUACAUGAUAUUAAUUAUGCUUACUGAAGUAAAUUAUAAUUUAGUAACGGUUGUGUGUGCUUAGUGUAAUACAGUAAUAUCGUUAAUAAUUCCAGUGUAUAAAUAUUUUUUUUUUAUCGGUCGGAUAUUCGGGUAGGUCGGGAACUAUAAAAUAACAUGUUGUAUAAGUUCGUGAAAUUCAGCAAAUAAAUUUAUAAUUAUUUUGAUACGAAAAAACAUUGCCUGUUCAUUAAUGAGAAAAAUCGGAUAAAAAUAUAUUAUUUUAUGGCAGUUAAAUAAUGAAAAAUGCUUGCAGUCUGUUGCAGACUAUUGCAACUAUUGCAGUCUGUAGGUAGGUACACAGUGCUCGAAUUGAAGGGUAGACGCAGGGAAACGGAGUCAUGGACACAAGGGGAGCGCCAAGACGUGUAUUUUUACGUGAUUCUUAUAUUCUACAAUUGUUUAUCUAAUAAAAUCCACCUCCCCCCUGGAGGGGUAAUUUGCAAUUACAAUUUCAAUCGCAUAAAAUCUUAAAAAACGCAAACAUUUCAAAUGGCUAUAACGGCAAAAUUGCCGGAAUGAUUUGAAAAUUGUACUAUGUCUGAAAAGAGCUGUAUACUUGCACCUCCUUAUACACUAUAUCUAUGUAAGUAAUCAGCCAGCCCCUCAAUUAUUUUUCAGUUUUUUACUGAAUAAACAAAAUAAAAUAUAAUAUAAAUCGUUACUGUGUAAUUAUAACAGUUAAAAAGUUUCCUAACGUUUUUCUAUGGUUUUCCCUAUAAUUAAAAAUAUUACAUAAAAAAACAAACCCUCUGCAUUACAACAACGACACAAACAUUUUGACUAGAAACCGUCACCUCUAAAUUUUGAUAACCGGUGCAAGAUUCCUGAUGGAAAAAUUAUUAAAAUACAAAAAACACAUAUAUUAGAACCAUAGUUAUAUGGUUAUGGUUAUUAUAUAUCAUACCCAAUUAUUAUAGUAAAAAUUAAAAUAAAUAAUAUUUAUUAUGUAAAGAAAAAUUUAGCCUGCAGUUUAGUGUUUGUUUUCGGGAUUUAUUAACUACUAAAUUAUAAUUCAAAAAUCGGAAACUGUAUCUUCUAACAAAAAAUAGAUGUCUUUUAAACAAUUAAAAAAAGAGCUCAUUUUUCUGACAAAAAUGCCGCUGUUUUAAUGAUAAAUUAAUGCUAACAAAAUAUAAUUCUGAGCUAAGUUCUAUAAGCGAACAUGUUUUUCAAUACUGCGAUUUUUACGAUCACUAGCAACACAAAAAGGAGAUUAGGAACAUUUGAUAAUAAAAUAUGGAGAACAAUUUGUGUUUCUAUGUAUGAUAUCAGAACAGGUGCGUGAAGAAGAAAAUUUAACCGGGAGCUUCAAGAAGAGUUGGACUGACAUCAGUCAGUAGCUUUAUAAGUGGUCAGCGAAUACUAGACUUGGUCAUGUUAUGCGCGAAAAUAAGGAGAGGUGGUUAGAGCAGUGCUAGAAGGGAAAUUUAUGGGGAAAAGACCUCGUGGUUGGCCUAGAAAAAGAUGGGUGGAUACAGUGGAAGAACAUCUCAAGAAAAUAGGAGUACGAGGGUGAAGAACGCUAGUGCCAGUGACGUGCCCAAGAAUUAUCAAUGGGAGGGGAUGGAACGAAUGAUUACAGAUAGCACCCAUAGUAUCUAUUCAUAUUAUACACGUGUGUAGUAUCGGGUCCAUUACGUAAUCGGUGUUUGAAUUCGAGGGGGAACGCAAUGUUCGACAAUUCUUUUUUUUUAAUUUUAAAUUCCUAAAAACUUCCAAAAUUUUCAACAGUGUAAUAGCCUACCAUCUGUUAAAUUCUGUAACUAUACACAAUGACUUCAAAUUGAACGCGCAAUUCUUAAAAUGUCAAAUCACGGCUUUAAAUACACACCCAGAGUUUUAAGGUUAUUUAAGAAUCGAGAUUAAAUACAUUUACAAUUAGCGUAAAUUUACCGUAGGUAUCUACCAUAAUUUGUUACAUUUCAUGUGACGUAAUGAAAAGCUAAAUUUUUAGAUAAUAGGAAUCAUCUAGCGACGACAUGAUAAUUGACAACUGUCAUUUAUGGGUGUUAUUAAAAAUUAAUAUUCCGAGGUCUUGUCUACGCGGGUUUUGUCUGAGAAUUUGUGACUAUUACAUCAUAUUAUUAUCCAUGCGAUUAAUUAGGUGUAUCUCCAUUUUCGUAUUGUACGUUUAUUUGCCUUUUGAUAUGUACCUACGUAUAAUUAUUUCAACGUGAAAAUGAUUAGAUUACCUAUUUUCCAUUUAACCCGUCCUUAACACUUACAUUCAAUGACUACAUGAUUAGAAAAAUAUUAGAAAAUAAGCUUUACAUUUAAUAUUUUAUGAUCAGGUAAAACUAUUUUAUCUGCAAAACUCUUCGAUAGCUUAGUGUAAUAAAUAAUUUUUCUCCCCUGCAAUUUAUUGUUUAUAUCAUAACAAGUGUAAAUAAACAUAAUGCCAUUACAUGUAUUUCAUUUUCAGUAAAAUAAAAAUAAAUAAAUAGUAAUAGCUAAUAAUAAUAAAACAUAAUUUAAUCAACAAAAUGAUUGAAUUUGGACACAUUAUACUUACCAUUAACGUUUGAAUAUUACCUAUCCAUAUUAAAUACUAUAAAGAUAUAAAAUAGUACGAAUUGAAAAAUAUUUCAAAAGGAAGAAAGAUAUUUUGAAAUACGAAUUGAUUGGUUUUUUACGUGCCCAUAUCGCAUCCGACCAUUGGCGCAAUAACUAGCGUGGUGCAAAAGGGUCUUUUGCAACACCAAGGUCAAAUUAGCACCCCUUGUUUUUUUCUUCUAUCUAUUAUUAUUGUUUUCAACAAUAAGAAAGUUUUUUUUUAAAAAAAGGGCUAGUUCAAGUUCAUCAAACUGAAAUAAGAUUGAAUUAUAUACAAUGUUAACACUAAUAUUGAAACCAAUCAAUAUCUUUGCACAGAGCUAAGCAAUUUGAAUUUUGUUUUUUAAUCGGUCGUUAGGUUUUAGUAAUAUUCAUUUGUAUGGUCUCUAAAAUUAUUACUGUAAAUUAUAUGCAUGCACAAUAAAAUACAAUUUUCUAACUAGAAACAUCCUUUUUGAGACUAAAUUUCGAUUUCCUUAUUUUUCAAAGUAACUUUAACUUCUUAAGAUUUUACAUUUUUAGGACUGUAUAAACUUUUGAAUUAGGUUAUUAAUUAGUUACAAAACAAUUAAAAUCAAAAACAUUAAGUAUAUAAUAAAUAAUCGCUUAAUUUACGUUCAAGUUUAUUUAUUGAAAAUUUAACUUAUUCAUGUCCAGUUUACACAGUAUGAAAGUGGUCAUUCCUAUCAUUGAUUAUUUUAGUGAAAUAGUAAUUUUUAUUUUUAAAUUAUGAAAUAUUUAACGAAAAAAAUUAUAACUAUUUUGGUUAAUAAUAUAGUUCGUUACGAUUCGUUUGAUAUUUUAUAUUUGAGAGCUUUACGAGCUAUUUUUAGUCAAUGGAUCACAUCAAACAUCGUUAUGUAUGUUACUGUGAAUGCCCGAAAUUGGUGAACGCUGACAAUCACCUAGUGACUGUCGACAUAAAUUGGUGAAUAUUGAUAUUAACAUCAGGAUUAUGGUCAGUGUCGACAAAAUAUACACAACACGGUUUUAAUUAAUGUUGACAUAGGUACAUGUAUUCACAGAAAUUUUAGUGUAGACUAAUUAGACUAUAGACAAUACAGUAAAACCUUUUUAUAACGAAUCUUAAGGGACCAAAAUAUUUCUUUUGUUAUACUUAGAAAAUUUACGCAAUACAAGUUAAAGAACUAGUGCAUAGGUUAUAAAUCAAACCAACCAUUAUUAAGUAAUUCGUGCGCUACAUAGAGUUUUUCAUUAAAAAGAGUUUCGUUAGAAAGAGUUUUCACUGUAAAUAAAAUAGGUAAUGUUCAAUUAUAUCAAUGAAUUAUUAUUAUUAAACAAUAUUAUAUUUGUGUCAUUAUUUAAAUUAUGACUAUUUUAUUAUACAAAAAUUGUUAUAUUUAAAAAAAACGGUUUUGUUUUGUGUAACAAAGAAAAAAUGGUCACUUAACUGAUUAAAAAUGUAUAUUUUUUAGCCAAUAGGAAAAAAAAUUAUCAUGUUUUUUAUUAGAUACUAAAUUAUUGAAUUCAUUAUAAAAUACUUCACGUAUAUUUUCCAUUUUUUAAAAAAUGUUUUAAUUAUUAUGCAAAUCAAUAGUACACAAUAAAAUAAAUAACUGUAUCGAACUAUGACUGCAAUAUCAUACUGAAUGUUAACGAGACAGCAUAGCAUUGCUGUUAUCCAGAUAUAAUAAAAGUACUUUUAAGACCGUGUAAUUUCAGGAUAAAGGGGUGUGUGAGCGAUCACUCUGUGAGGCGUUAAUAGUUUUAGCCGCUCUACAUUUUAGAGGCCUAGUUGCGCCUAUGCGUCUGACAGUCUUAACUUGGAAACACAAUAUUAAUUAUUUAUAUCACACUGUAAUAACCAAAAGCCAAUUAAUUGAUUUAUGUUUCAAUGAGAAAAGCUGUCCACCACCCCGUGGAAAUUUAUAUUCACAUCGAUGCCGGUAUGGGCCACGACGGUGGCGCACAUUGGUCACAAUUGGGGUUUUUGGCUGUUGCUCACCGAGAUGCCGACGUUCAUGAACACAGUGCUCAAGUUCGAUAUCAAAGAAGACGGUUUGUUGUCCUCGCUGCCUUAUCUCGCCAUGUUCGUAUUACAACUGCCGGUUUCUUACACGGCUGAUCUGCUGAACAAGCGAAAGAUCACCUCGAUGACCGUGUCCCGGAAAUUGUGGAAUACCAUAGCUAUGUGGGGAGGCACCGUCGGUCUGAUCACGCUCGGUUACCUAGAAAACACCACCAUGGUUCUGACGGUGUACGUGUUCACUGUGGCCAUUGGGUGUGCAUCGAAUGCCGGAUUCAACAUAAACCAUUUGGACCUGUCGCCCAACUAUGCCGGACUUUUAAUGGGAAUCACCAACACGGCCGCAGCGUGCGGGGGUAUUUUCGCUCCUCUGUUCGCCGGGUUAUUGAUUAAAGAUCAGGUAAAAUCUUCACCGGUGUACCAAACACUAGGUAAUCUAUCUAACUAAACUUAAGCGUGAUCUAUGAGUAAACCAUUUUUUUUUUCCAUGAUUAUUAUUAUUAUUUCAGACUUCGGUUGCGGAAUGGCAAAAAGUAUUCAUUAGUGGAGCAGUAGUGAUGUUCUUGUCUAAUUUGUUUUUUAUUAUAUUUGGCUCAGCUAAAACUCAACCUUGGAAUUCGCUAAGCAGCGGUAGUGUAUCUUCAAUUGAUAUUAAACAAUAAAUAACUAUAAAAAAAUAAAUGUGUACAUAGGUACUAGCCAGUUAUAUACCUAUAUUUUAUUAUUCAAAAAUGAAUUUAAAGUUAUCAUCAGAAACAAGAGAAAGUAGUAAAUAAUACAACAACUCUUAGUUUAAUGAUAUGCUUACACAAAUAUUUCAAUAUUACUAUGGUGUUCUCAAAAAUAAAAAAGUAAUGUAUAUCGUAUGUCUCUGAAGUCCCGUGCUACCCUGAUUAUCUUUAUUGAAAAUCAAUAUAUCUAAAUGAUGUGAGAAAAUUCCAAUUUAAUGUUAUAUAUUCAAAAAAUAAAAAUAAAAAAUAAAUCUGUUUCCUAAUUUAGUUUUAAAGGUUUGUCAAAAUACCAUUUUUUUUGUAAAAUAUUUAGAAAAUAAUUUAAUUGAGUGAAAAUUGACAAAGUUAGAGCAGAUUAAGUUUUUGAUUUCAUAAAAAUAAAAGUUUUAGCGAAAACAAAAAAACGAGCCAUACUUGUUGAAAUAAAUAUCAACAUCAAUAAAUUAAUUAAUUAAAAACUUAAUCUACUCAAAAUUGGUAAAUUUUCAAUCAAUUUUAAUUUUUUUUUAAUUGUUUGAACAAUUUCACCAAAAAAUUAAACUUUCAAAACUAAAUUGCAUAAAAAAUUGUUUUUGUGAAUGUAUGCCAUUAAAUUGGAAUUUUCUCACAGACUAUUACUAAAAAAAAAAAAAAAAAAAUACAUUUAGAUACAUUGGUUUUCAACAAAGAUAAUCAGGGUUAAACGGGACUUCUGGGUGUAGGUAUACAUAUAAAGAUAAUGUACCUAAAGAAAUAUUGAAUUAAUAAUGUAGUAAUUAUUACUACCUUCACCUACUUAUAAUAUAUGUUUAUGUUUUAGGUACUUCAAAAAUAGACAAUAAUAAACAAGAGACUGAAGUUGUCGAAUAAAAAGUAUGCAAUAUAAAAGCAUAUAGGUAUGGUUGUAUGUUUUAGUUUAAUCAAUAUUAUCAAAGAUAUUGAAGAUGUCAGAAUGAUGUAUAAGUAUUUGAUUACAGUAUUAUGUCAAAUAAAAAUAUAGUACAAAGUUUAAUGUUUAAAAUAUUUAAAAUGUAUUUUUAUUUUUUUUUUUAAAUAAUAAAUUAUCAUUGUUAUUAUAGC